CCUCCCGACGGAAGAGCCCGGAGCUCUGGGGUCCUCCGCCCGUCCGUGCCCACUCCACCCCUCGCAAGCCACCGGCGGGGGUCCGCCGCCACUUUUUUGGCCUCUCGGUUCCCGGAGGCACCUGGAAGGCAGCCAACCGCGGACCCCCGAAGGGAGAGGUCGGGGUGGCUCUUCUCCUGCUCGGAAGGCGAACGGCUCUGCUUGGCUUGGGUCUCUCUUGCCCCCGGGAGACCCUUGGCCGGCUCUUCCGGGCUGGCGCCUUCCACCGAUGCUUGCCGUGGCCGGCGAAUCUCGAGCUCUCUGGAGACACCUUGUUCUUUCCCACUGCUUGGCGCGUCUCCAGCGUUUCUCCAUUGGGCAACGGCCGGGUGUCACCCAACCCAACAAUAAUCGACGGCCAAGGAAGAAGGGAGGGCGGAAGAGUCCGGUCCCGAUCACCACCGGUGCACUGACGGGAGUGGGUUCUUGGAGCCAGGGAUGGGGCUGAACUCCAAGGAAAGAGGCUUGGAGUGGGCGAGUUCUUGUCCGCUUCUUCCUCACUGGAGGUUGUCGGGCCCCUUCCCUCUCUCCUCAAGCGAGGAGUCUCAGGCUGCAACCUUAUGCGCAAUCCGCUGGGGACAAGCCCCCCUGAACUUGACUUUAGGAGAAACUAACUCAGCCUUUAACCUGCGUGGCCCAGUCCGCUCUCUUGCCGAGGCCUAGCAUGUUCGUUGACUUUUUGUUCGGGUGCCAGCAGGAUUUAAUCAGCGGCCAACCACAGUUUAUCUUUUGCAUCUAAGGAAAAGGUUGCUUGAGAGGAAUAGAUGUGGAAGGAAUUUUUAAGGAAUAGAUGAAGGCAUCUAGGUGUUCAGAGAGAGAAAGAAGCUUCUUUGAAAGUACAUUUGCAGAUAAGUAUGGAGAAAAGCUCCAAAACAAAACAGAAAAUCAACUUUUCCCCUUGCUUCCAGCCCAUGGCCCAAUCUGAAUAAUGUAUCCUGACAAAGAAAUCUCCCCUGGUCUUAAAAAGCAAUGACUGUGGAAUUGCUGUGAAAAACUCUUCUCUCUGUGGGAUUCCUUCAGUUGCCUGGCUGGAUGAAUAUUAAAGAAUAAUAAAAAAAACAUAUACACACGCUGCUUGAAAAACUGUUAAAUAAGCAAGCAGAUAAUAGUGUGUGGAUAAAUCGGAAAAAUAUUUCCAACUUUUAGUAUGAUGUCUUACCUCAAACAGCCCCCCUAUGGCAUGAAUGGGCUGGGGCUAGCAGGACCGGCAAUGGAUCUUCUACACCCUUCAGUGGGGUAUCCAGCCACCCCUCGGAAGCAGCGGCGAGAACGCACCACCUUCACCCGGUCGCAGCUGGACGUGUUGGAAGCGCUUUUUGCAAAGACCCGCUACCCCGACAUAUUCAUGCGAGAAGAGGUUGCCCUGAAAAUCAACCUGCCGGAAUCCAGAGUUCAGGUCUGGUUCAAGAACCGGCGCGCCAAGUGCCGACAGCAGCAGCAGAGCGGCAGCGGCGCCAAGAGCCGGCCGGCCAAGAAGAAGUCCUCCCCGGCGCGAGAGAGCUCCGGCUCGGAAAGCAGCGGGCAGUUCACGCCGCCCGCCGUCUCCAGCUCGGCCUCCUCUUCUUCGUCCAGCUCCAAUUCUUCGGGCCCGGCGUCGGGCGGAGCGGCCUUGAGCAACGCGGCGGGCGCGGGGGCCGCAGCCUCGGGGUCGGCCUCGUCGGCCGCCUCGCUGAGUAGCGCGCCGUCGGCCGUGGCGGCCUCGUCCAUCUGGAGCCCCGCCUCCAUCUCGCCCAGCGCCGGGCCGGAGCCCCUGGCGCCCAGCGGGGCCUCCUGCAUGCAGCGCUCCGUCUCCGGCGCGGCCUCCGCCUCUUACCCGAUGUCGUACGGGCACGGCGGCGGCUACGGCCAAGGGUACCCGGCGCCGCCGCCGCCGCCCCCGCCGCACUCCUCGUCCUACUUCAGCGGGGUGGACUGCGGCUCCUACCUGCCCAUGCACGCGCCCCCGCACGCUCACCAGCUCAGCCCGAUGGCGCCCUCGAGCCUGGCGGGCGCGCAUCCCCACGCCCACCACCCGCUCAGCCAGGGCUCCAGCCACCACCACCACCACCACCACCAUCACCACCACCAGCCUGGCUACGGCGGGCCCGGGCUGGCCUUCAACUCCUCCGACUGUCUGGACUACAAGGAGCCGGCCCCGACCGCCGCCGCCGCCGCCUCCUGGAAGCUUAACUUCAACUCCCCGGACUGCCUCGACUACAAAGACCAGGCCUCCUGGCGCUUCCAAGUCCUGUGAGGUUUGCCACGGCCCCCGCCCCACCCCCCACGUGCUUCUCGGUUCCUCGGGACGGCCUCUUCUUCGCCUUGCAAACGCGCCCCGUCGCUCGCCUCAGCCUUUGCUCUCCCGCGCGUCUGACCCGUGGGCGAAAGCAGCCUUCGAAAGGAAAGACGCUGCGAGCAGCCGUUUGAAUAGCCCGCCGCUUCCAGCUCCUUCCCCGCCGCCGAAUCUGGGCCGAAGGCUGCUGGGUCAGACCUGCUGCCCUUCCUGGACGGCGCCGCCUCUACCCCGCUGAGUUGACUCCUGAGGUGUUAUUUAUUCGCUCCCUGGGAUUAUGUUCAGGAUCGUCAUUUUUUUUUUGUUUGUUUGUUUUUUGUUUCGAAGCAGAAGACGACUUUAAAUUGAGAUUCAUCCUUCUUCUCCCAACCGGCCCUUUUGGCCAGCUCGGUAGCUUUGUGACGCUGGCUCGCUCGCUCAUGUGCGUGGAAAAGACAGGAGAGUGGACGCGCCUUUUCCUUCCUGGCCGACGGCAGACUUCGUGUAUAGAUCUUCACACCGCCCUCCCCCGUCCCGUUCGAGGACCCCCGCACCCACCCACCCCCGCCAAGUUCUCUCUGUAGGUUUAUACUGCAAAAAAAAAAAAAAAAAGCGCUAGGAGUGUACAUAUAGGGUUUAGCGAGAUCCAUUCCAGCGACCCUUUUUAAUGAAGGAGCUGAAGGCGAGCGCUGGAGGCUCUUCAGGUCGGAAGGGGACCUUCUCCCAUAGCCUCCCCUCUCCUCUUACCCUCGUUGGGAGGGGGGAGGGGGAAAGCGAUUCCCCGACGGAGUUGGAACUGGGCAGCAGGGGCGACGCGCUCGCGAGAGGGGCAGGGGAGGGUGGGGAGCGGAAGGCGUGGAAGCGCGGCGGUGGCACAGCCGGUACGGGUUCGCCAGUGCAGCAUCGGCUGGACCCGUCUCCACACCUGGUCAGGGGUCUCCGGACGGGUUUUUGGCCCGCUUGGCUCUGGGGGGAGGGGAGGGGAAGUCAGAGAGAGGGCAAAAUGUAAAGUUGAUAAUUUACUCCGUUAAUCCAACAGUCACCUGUUGACAUGUAAGGCAAAUCCUACCCUUUAUCUACAUAUCCCGACAAUAAAAUUCAAACUGACGAAA